AGCGUCACUGUGAGUAUGGGAGAAGCACGCCGAUAAUUGGACAUAUGACUUUAUGAUAUGCGAAUGUUGCAUUGUGUGUCAGUCGGCGACAGUAUUGUAUAUUAGUUUUGAGGUAAACCAUUUUUGAUCGCAACUUCAUAUCGAAAACAGAACUCGACUUGGGAUUGAUUUGACGACGAAACAGUCCAUAUACAUCAUCUCUCAGACACCUGUGCUUUAUAUUUUACCUGGAGAAGUGUUGUUACCGAGAGUACAAGUUAACGAAUUGAUUAUACAGUUAACAGGAUAGCAGCAGUUAGCACAUUUAGGAUUCUUCAAAGUUAGCAGAAAUGGCCAAAAUGAGAGGACCACGCAAAUCACCCGGAACAAAUAAGGCUGAAGUUCCUACUACCUCCCAGACAACAAGUAGUCCCCCAAGACUUCAAAUAGAUUGGCGUCGUAUCUUCAUUAGGAUUCUUAUGAUGACUGGUAUUAUGGUUGCUGUCUAUUACACUAAAGCAACAGACUUGGUCACCUUCGUAACACAGAAAGAAGAGGUUCUCAGCCGCUCUGUCGAUAUUACUUGUUCUGAAGACUAUGCACAGGAGCUUUUGCAUUUUCCUGGUUGUACACCUAGGAAGUGUGGUAGAGUAGUGUUUGACACUCUUGUGAAGCCAUCUGAGGUUGCUGCAUUACUCAACAUAGCAAAGAGGGGACUGUCAAUGGGAGGUUCUACUGGUGGAGCUUCUAUCCUUGACUUGCACUCAGGGGCUCUGUCACAUGGCAAUGCUUUUGUCAAUAUCUUUAAAUUGGAAGAGGCGAGAAACUUAUUCACAGAACAAGACUUCAAAAUAUAUAGUUUUGUCAAAAAUAAAAUUCACAAAGCUAUAGUGGAUCAUUUUGGCAUUGAAAAAAACAGGCUUUACCUGACACAUCCAACCUUCUUCUCUCGCAUCACUCCUGCACCUCCGCAAACAGUUCAUGAUGAGUACUGGCAUCCUCACGUUGACAAGGAGACUUAUGAGUCCUUCCAUUACACAUCAUUAUUAUACCUAACUGAUUAUAAUUAUGACUUUGAGGGUGGACGGUUCAUCUUCAUUGAUAAGGACUCCAACAAAACUGUUGAGCCUCGUUCAGGAAGAGUUUCUGCUUUUACCUCUGGGUCUGAGAACCUGCAUCAUGUAGAGAGAGUCACAAAAGGCACCAGGUAUGCUGUGACGGUGUCCUUUACAUGUGACCCCAAGCAUGCUAUUAGUGAUCCUGUUCUGCAGAGGUGACUGCAGUUUGGAGGAAGAAUGCAUUAGACUUAAGUCACCAGUAUUUCAGUGUUUUCAUUAUAGAUUGAUUUAUAAUUUGGAAAAAGAAUAUAAAAUCCAACUUGGAAAAAAAAAAAAAAAAAAUCUGGAGAUAUUUUUUUCCUUUGUUAAAAUUGGUUUUGUUUAAAUAUUUCCAGUGUUAGCAUCAAUGUUAGUGUUGAUAUUCAUAUUUAUUUAUGAAUACUGAUGUAACACAAGGCAUAGUACCAAUGAUUUGGACUUGCACAAAUAAAGUAUGACAUGAUAGGAAAUAUUGUAUAUCCGUUGGAUUUGGACUAUAAGUGCCCUUUGGAUUUUCAUCAAAUGAAAUGUUCUUGCAACAGGCAGUUUAGCUGUCAGGCUUUUUCUAAGGGAAUUUUUACAGAGUGCAACAACUUUUCAAAAUUGCGGAUAUUGCAAUUAUGAGGAUUAUAAAAUGAAACUAUGUAUGGUUUUUAGUUGUUAAUUUUUUGGUGCUCAAAUUCCAAAUUAUCAGUAUAUAAAAAGUAUUAUUGUUAUUUGUGAUUUACUACAACUAGGAAAAAAGGCAAAAGUAAAAACAUGACAAAGAAUAUCCAUAAAUAUCAUUACCUAAUAAUUGUUAUUAUAAAGGAAUUGUUAACUAAAUUAACUGUACUUGAUCUCCUUAUUCACUGUUAUUCAUUCUUUGUUUUUGAAGAGUGUGUUUCUUUCUGUCCUUAAUCAGAGUCAUUAUCUUGGAUAAUUAUUAUUUUUUUACUGUAGGUUGUAGCAAUCUAUUGAUUUCUUAUCUGGACACUCAAAAUAUUAUUCCUGGGCUACCCCCUUGGCAAACAUAGUGUUGAUAUUAAAUGUGUUUAGUAGUUCCUAAAUAUUAUGAUAUGCAGUGUAGAUGUAAUUAAUUUUAUUAUGCUUUAUUAUAUUUUUGAGAAUAAUAUUUUCCAUUCAAGUAGGUAUUUUUUAUUCUUUACAAUGAAUGAAUGCUGCAGUAGAGGAGUAUUGUAUAUGAGUAUUGACAAUAUUAACAAUUUUCCAGUGAUAAGUAUGAAUGAAUGAAUUAAGAUUUCAAAGUAAAGGCUGGACAUCUAUGUCAGAAGAACUGUUAACCUUUUGAACAAAUGCUUUGUUGUGCUGUAUAUGGUUUCAGUAUUGCGUUUAAAAUUGACCAGCUUAAUCACAGUAUUGUCGGGAAGUCAGGAAUUUGCAUUCAUUCUAGAUUAAAGCAUACACAUUUCAAUCCUCUGCAUAGUUUGCAUUCCAAUAUUGUGUAUUGCACCAAGGGAUUUUUGGGUUUGUCCAGACUCAUGGUGAAGGGCUGUGUUGCUUGGGGUUGGUUUUCUUUGUUUGCUGUGAUGUCUGAUAUUCCAUAUUUGUUUUAUUUCUUAAUUUUCUAGCUCAGAUACAAUAACUAUAAACACUUCACCAUCCUUGGUCACAUCUUGUUUGGUUAACCAUUGUUAAAUUGUUAAAGCCAUACUGUCACACCAGAUCACCAUAUUAUUUGUUGACAGAAAUCCAAAUGGGUUUGGAGAAUUUUCCUUUUGUAUGAGCGGUUAUUGAUUGUUGAUAUUGAGAUAAUGAAAGAGUCAAUGACAUAUUCAGAUAUUAUAGUGGACAUUUUGCUUUGUUUAUUGUACUGCAUGUCUCAUAAAGUUAGUUUGUAAUCACUUGCAAAAAUGAAAGUGAUUACAAACUGACAUGUGAAUAUGGGAAGUAAUGGAUGGUGAAAUGGCAAUAACAGGCAAGUGUUUUCACUUUGAUUUUCUGAGAAAACCUUUGUUACAUUCCUGGUUAAUGAAUACAACUGAUUUAUUCAUGUUCAUUGCUCAUGUAAGUUUUCUAUAAAAAUAAAAGUGACAAUAAAAAUGAACAAAUAAUCAAAAGGAUCAGCAACUAAGUAGUACAUUUUAAGUUUCCAAUAGAUUUUGUGGAUUACAGCUUUCUAUUAGCUGAAUGUAAAAAGUAUUUGAAAUAGAGAAGUUC